CAGUUGAAGUAAAAAGGAAAUUAUUAUAAAAGUUCAAGAACCCUCUCUAGAGCUAGUUUUCUUGUGAAUGUAUAGAUUUCCUACUAUCCCUGUCCUCCUGAACGCAGCAAAGCAAACCGCAUGAUUUUGUGGCACUUUGAACUUUACAAACAAACAUGCUGACAGCGGCUGAUCGUUUCUGCUGGCGGCAGAGGAGUCCUGCUGUGAUGACUCCGAGCAGACAAAGUAAGAAGUAACCGUUAUUAGUCCGCUGUUUGACAGCAGCGCCGCUUUGCGUCACAUUUAUCAUCGUAACCGCAGACGAAAUGUCCCUCCGCUACUACAACAAAGUGGCUGUUGUCACAGGAGGAUCCAAAGGGAUUGGCAGAGGGAUUGUCAGAGUGUUUGUGGAAAACGGAGCCAAAGUGGCGUUUUGUGGAAGAGAAAGUGCAGCAGGUGAAGCUUUAGAGGCGGAGCUUAACAAGACCGGACCAGGCUCGUGCAAGUUUGUCAGAAGUGACAUCUCCAAGGAAGAAGACAUAAAGAGGCUGAUUGCAGUCACAGUGGAGCAGUUUGGUCACAUCGACUGCCUGGUCAACAACGCAGGCUGGCACCCUCCUCAUAAACCCACUGACGACACCACAGCAGAGGAGUUCAGAGACUUGUUGAAUCUGAACCUCGUCAGCUACUUUUUGGCGUCUAAA